AGUGACGUCACGCAAAGCGUAAGCCCCCACCUUAAAAACAGCUGAGCCUCAGCUGCACUGCCGCCCGCUAUGUUAUAUCAGAACCAACAACGUGGAUUGAGUUCCUUGCGAUUUUCGCCAAUUUUCUGAAUUAAAAUAAGUCUGAAUUUCUCUGGACACAUUCUGCUAUGCAGCACUCGAAGCGCUGCAUUAGCCUGUUGGGCGUCGUGCGGCAACCCCAUUGCCUGCGUCCGUGUUUCUGGGCAGCACCUGGUAUCCGGCAAUUUCACCGGUCAACAAUUGGGUAUGCUCGAAAAAAGCAAGAGACUAACGUCUCCGCACUUUUUAAGCCGGUUCAAGUGCAGGCCAAUGUCGAUGCCGAGGACGUAGGCUCAGAGCUAGUUGGUAAACUGGAGAAGGCGGAGCUGCUGAAGAUCCUCAACAAGUUUACUCAACGCCGGGAAGUGAAAAUUUUAUGCAGUGAGAAUGGAUUGGAUUCCUAUUUGCAGCAACAGGCUUUUGGUUCCUUUCGACGAUAUUGUAUCGAGGCAGAGAAUCUCCCCGUGGACCUGCACAUAACAUUCAGUGACAUAAUGCAAGGAGCAGGACACAUCGACGAUAUAUUUCCUUACUUCCUCCGCCAUGCCAAAACCGUGUUCCCGCAUCUUGAUUGCAUGGAUGACCUGAAAAAGAUAUCCGAUCUGCGACAGCCCGCCAACUGGUACACGAAUGCCCGCGCCAUUACCCGAAAAAUAGUUUUCCACGCCGGACCUACCAACUCCGGCAAGACGUAUCACGCCAUGGAGAGAUACCUGACUGCCAAGUCCGGUGUCUACUGUGGGCCACUCAAGCUACUCGCCACUGAAGUGUUCAACAAGGCGAACGAAAGAGGUACUCCUUGCGACUUGGUCACUGGCGAGGAGAGAAAGUUUGGCAUAAGCGAGGGCUCCCCCGCAAACCAUGUGGCGUGUACGGUGGAAAUGACCUCAGUUAACACUCCUUAUGAAGUUGCUGUAAUCGAUGAAAUUCAGCAAAUCCGCGACCCUCAACGUGGCUGGGCAUGGACGCGGGCGUUUCUAGGAUUAAUUGCCGAUGAGGUGCACGUCUGUGGUGAGGCCGGGUCAUUGGGACUCCUGGAGAAAAUUUGCGAAACCACCGGAGAAACGGUUGAAGUGCGACGUUACGAUCGACUUACCGAGUUAACCGUGGAAAACACAGCUCUGGGAUCCCUGGACAACGUCGUACCGGGCGACUGUAUUGUCUGCUUUAGCAAGCAUGAUAUAUACACAGUAUCUCGCGAAAUCGAGGCCAGAGGAAAGGAGGUAGCCGUUAUCUAUGGAGGCCUGCCACCAGGAACCAAGCUCGCACAAGCCGCUAAGUUUAAUGAUCCCGCCAAUAGUUGUAAAGUUAUGGUAGCCACAGAUGCGAUUGGAAUGGGUUUGAACUUGAGCAUACGCCGUAUUAUAUUUUACUCCUUGGUGAAGCCGACGAUGAACGAGAAGGGUGAGCGUGAGAUCGAUACAAUCUCAGUGUCGUCCGCUCUUCAGAUAGCCGGGCGCGCUGGUCGGUUCCGGACGCAGUGGGAACAUGGUUUUGUUACCACCUUUAAGCCAGAAGAUCUGCAGACCCUGCAUCGCAUAUUAUCACAAACACCUGAUCCUUUAAAACAGGCUGGCUUGCAUCCCACUGCCGAUCAAAUAGAACUAUAUGCCUACCACCUGCCGAACUCCACUCUGAGCAACCUUAUGGACAUAUUUGUGAAUUUGUGCACAGUCGACGACUCGUUGUAUUUUAUGUGCAAUAUCGAGGACUUUAAGUUCCUAGCUGAGAUGAUACAGCACGUGCCUCUACCUCUGCGAGCUCGCUACGUCUUUUGCUGUGCGCCCAUCAACCGAAAAAUGCCAUUUGUGUGUUCGAUGUUUCUCAAAAUAGCAAGGCAGUAUAGCCGCAACGAACCCAUCACUUUUGAUUUUAUCAAAAAGAACUGUGGCUGGCCUUUCAAGCUGCCAAAAACCAUCCUUGACCUUGUACACUUGGAGGCAGUAUUUGACGUGAUGGAUCUAUACCUUUGGCUAAGCUACCGGUUUAUGGACCUAUUCCCGGAGGCUAAUAACGUGCGAGAGGCCCAAAAGGAGUUGGACGAGAUCAUUCAGCAAGGAGUCUUCCAAAUAACUCGGCUACUCAAGAACACUGAGGCCAACCAGGACGGAGAUGUGUCGAGCUACACAGUGCGCCGCAUAACACAUACCAAAGAACCUCGUAUUCCCAGCUCGUCGCGGGGCCGGCUUACGGAACGGUUGCUUGCUCAGGGCCUUCUGACGCCGGGAAUGCUAAGUGAGUUGCGCAAGGAGUGGGACGCCCAGCAAGGCGGCCAAUCUAGUGGGGGCCAAUCCAAGGAGACUCAGGACACAAACACAGAUAGUGACGACGAGGAUAAUUUAUCCGGAAACAGUAAGAAGCUGAGGCGAAAGCGCAAAAAAUAAGUGAUAAGUUUUAAGUGAUAGACGGUAGACUAGGUAUAAGCUUUAUGUAUAGGUCAGUUGUUUUAUAUAAUAUAUUUUUAUUUUAAGUGGCAAUUAUGUAAUAUUAAAAUUAUUUUUUGAUAAUCAACGA